AUGCUGCCGCCUAUCGAUUCUACCAUUCUCGAAUCCAAUCCCAAAUUUGCAGCAUUGCAUGCCACCCUCGCAAAUACCAUCUUAAACCCAAAUGGCUCGACUAGAAACCACUCAGGGCAAAAAGAGCGCGCUCCUAGCUCUGAGGCACUAAAGGUAUCCCGGAUUCGCGCAGCCAAAUCACAUAUCCUCCUCGUCGCUCUCCGUAAUCUCCCUCUCUCGCCCUCCACAUCAUGCUCAACAACCAGUACCACAAAGCCAAGCACCAAAUCUCAAGCAAAGCAACCCACACGAUCCCUUCCCCCUGAACUUGUUGAAUUAAUACUCCUCCUUACCUCACGCCUCUCAUCCACACCCCCGCCCUCCCAACUCAAACUCCUUGAAGCCACCCCACAAUGGUACUCUCUAUCCACAUACCUCCCUGAAAUCGGCGCACAUGUAUCAGCACAUCUCCAAACACAAGCUCUCUCACUCGCACGCAUCGUAUCACCAAGCACCAACCCAUCUUUCCUCCACCGCAACAUCCCAAAACUCACCCCCACAAUAACAUCCCUCCAGCACAGCAUCUCCACCAAGAAAGAAGACCUGCAUAAGCAACAUGCACUCUUAGCAGCCCGUACAACGUCCCUAUUACAAACAUACCAAAUUGCCACAGCUCUUACGAUCCAACUCCUCGAAACAUCCAAAAAUGGCUCCCUCUCCCUAGAAAAAUAUUACCUCACGAAGAUGAACUCCCUCGCGCUAGAAAUGCAGAAGAUAGAGCUGGAUGCGAGGGAGAAGGCUUUGAAGGGGGAGAAAAUGGUUUAUACGCCGGAUGUAGCCAAUGCGUUGGGGCGGUAUAUGGAGAAUUUGAGGGAUGGGAGGGAGAGGUUGAAGGAUCGGAAGAGGGGUGCUGAGAGGGUGCUUUGGGGGUAUGGGAUUGGGAGGAGGCAGGAGGAAGGGGGGAGGGAGAAGGAAAGGGUUAUGAGAGAGAUUGCGAGGGUUUAUGGGGAGUUACUUAAGGAGGUGGAAGAGGCGGGGAGGGAUGUGAAGAGGUUGAAAGGGGGCAGGUAG